ACCACCGCCGAGGAAGCGUGCGAUGUAUGGUUGUCAUGUGUCAUACAGUCUGGCUGGCGGUCAGCUGACGGAUCCGGGUCGCUUGUGAUGUUUACUUUGUUUGUUGAGUGCGUUUAUUCGCGCUUUUUUUUUGUUUUUUGAAUGAAUGCAGCGCUAUGCUUCGCCCAGGAGAACCAUGGUAGUCGUGAACUCGGUGCUGAAGCUGUUACAGCGGCAGACGUACACCUGUCUGUCCCACCGAUACGGACUCUACCUCUGCUUCGGAGGGAUCGUCCUCGUGAUAGUUUCCGCCUUUCAGUUCGGAGAGGUGGUGGUAGAGUGGAGUCGGGACCAGUAUCAUGUGCUGUUUGACUCCUACAGGGACAACGUGGGUGGGAAAUCAUUCCAAAGCAGGCUCUGUCUGCCCAUGCCUAUUGAUGUGGUGUACACAUGGGUGAACGGCACAGACACAGCUCUGCUGAAGGAACUGAAGGCGGUCAAAGAGCAACUGGAGGAAGAACAAAGAGCUCUGAGGGAUCGCCUGGGGAAAAACGCAAGUGAGACGACCGAAGUGCCAAAAGACAGUGUGAAGCCUGAAUGCCUGCUGUCCCACUGCAUCAUAGCGCCUAUGUUGGCCCUGGACCCGGCUCUGCCAGCCAACGUUACACUCAAAGAGCUGCCGUCAGUCUCUGCCUCCUUCUCUGCUGCCAAAGAGCUGCUGCUUAUGAACAAGCCCUUCCACCCGCCCACCUCCGUCUCCGUGGUCAUCUUCCAUUCGCAGGCUGACGCUGACAAAGCGUAUACGGAUGUGUUGAAAGAAGACCAGAAGUUGUCUGUGUCCAGAUGUUACCUGACGACAGAUAAAGAGGCUCCCGGUCUGAUCCGCAUGCAGUCUCUGGCCUAUCUGAGCGGCUUCCCGGCAACCUUCAAGGAGACGGAGCAGCUGCGAGUCAAGCUGCCCUCCGUCAUAACCAGCAAGAUCAAACAGUUUGAGUUGUACUCGGAGGCCAGCAUCGCCCUGCUCCACCUGAAGACCCCGCAGGAUUUCACUGAUCUGACGCAGCAGGCUAAAAAGAACCUGACGCUGGAUGGGAAGGAGUUAACCAUCAGUCCUGGCUACUUGUUUUGGGAUCUCACUGCCAUCUCACAGUCUAAACAGGAUGAAGACGUAUCAGCCAGCCGGUUCGAGGACAACGAGGAGCUCCGUUAUUCGCUGCGCUCGGUGGAGAGACACGCCCCCUGGGUGCGACACAUCUUCAUCGUCACUAACGGACAGAUUCCCUCCUGGCUCAAUCUGGAUAACCCCAGAGUUUCAGUUGUCACACAUCAGGACAUCUUCUUGAACCACAGCCACCUUCCCACUUUCAGCUCCCCCGCUAUAGAGACCCACAUCCAUCGCAUCCCGGGGCUCUCCCAGAAGUUUAUUUACCUCAAUGAUGACGUGAUGUUCGGCAAAGACGUGUGGCCGGACGACUUCUACAGCCACUCGAAAGGACAGAAGGUGUAUCUCACCUGGCCUGUUCCCAACUGUGCAGAGGGCUGCCCAGGAUCCUGGAUCAAAGAUGGCUACUGUGACAAGGCUUGCAACAACUCUGCUUGUGACUGGGAUGGAGGAGACUGUCUGGGUGUUGCAGGGAACAGUCGGUUUGCUGGUGGGAUCGGUGGUGGUGGAGCCGGUGGAGCUGGUGGACAGGUGUGGCAGUUUGCGGGUGGUAUUGGAGGACUUGGGGGGACGUCUUACUGCAACCAAGGCUGUGCCAACUCCUGGCUGGCAGACAAGUUCUGUGACCAGGCCUGCAAUGUACUUUCCUGUGGCUUUGAUGUGGGCGACUGUGGCCAAGAGCACUUCGGCGAGCUGCACCGUGUGACCCUGCUGAGGAACCAGAGCCUCUACACCCUCCCUGUGGGCGAAACCAGGCUGUAUUUCAGCUUCGAGAGAAUUGCUCGCAGGGUCUCUGAGGCCCACGUCAGCGACAACCGAGUAGUUCGUCACACCUCCGUCGCCAACAAGUGGAAGACCAUCCACCUUCUGCUCCACUCUGGCCACAAUGCCACCCAGAUCCAGUACAACCUCACUUUCCAAAGAGAAGACGAAGCCGAGUUCAUUAUGAGUUUCAGUGUAGCUGUCGACACUCGUGAAGUUCCUCAAACUAACGUCUCCCAAACUGUAAUCAAAGAUGCAGGAAAAGACCCAAAGGUGACCCCAACCCCUGAACCAGUGUACCCUUUCUCAGAUGUUCCUGAGGACAAACGAGGUCCUAAGAUCCAGAACAGGGAGCCUGCUGAACUUGAGGCUGUCAUACAGGUUCCUUCAGUAAAUGUGUCACUUUUACCAGCGGUUGUGCGCAGUGAGCUUCAAAAGCUGGAGGAGAAGCUUCUGAUUGGCAAUAUUACUGUGAAGUGUUAUGACCUCACAAAGGCUGAACUUCUAAAACCCUAUAAGACACUGACUGAACAGCAGCAAGCCAUCAGCUCACAACCAGGCAGUGAUGGUGCAGGCAGAGUUCAGGGGAAGCCUUUUAAAGACCUUAAGGGAGAUAAGUUAGAAGGAAAGCCACCCAUGAAAAAUGAAGCUGGUGUCAUUCAAAAAAAUCAGAAAAAGGAAGGACUGCCAAAAAAAGAUGUGGCUGUGCAAGACAAACCUGCUACUGCCCUCAUCCCAGUCCACAACGACGGUAAACAGAAAGACCUUGUAACUGACAAGCCAAAUCCUCUGAAUGCUGUGAUUGAGAGACCCAAGACGUCCAAACUUCUAAGCAGCGUUUCCCAGAAAAAAAGCACAGAGAGUCAGCCUGAGCCAGCCAUUGCUGCUCCUGUGGGGAGGAGGCUCCAUCACUUCAUCUCCGCAGACCGAGGCUUCCUGCCGUGGGAGAGGAGGAAAUACUUCCAAGCCCUGCUUGAGGAAGAGGAGCGUCUUCAGAGGGAGCUGUCUUAUGAGACUGAUGGUGCUGCUACAGCAAGAAAGCUGCGAGACACUUUUGCUGACUCUCUGCGAUACGUCAACAAGUUGCUCAACGGACAGUUUGGCUUCACAUCCCGCAAAGUCCCUGCACACAUGCCACACAUGAUUGAUCGUCUCAUUAUGCAGGAGCUGCAGGACACAUUUCCAGAAGAGUUUGACAAAACCUCAGGCCACCGUGUUCGUCACUCUGAGGACAUGCAGUUUGCCUUUUCAUACUUUUACUUCCUGAUGAGCGCUCAGCAGCAGCUCAACGUCUCCGAAGUCUUUGAUGAGAUCGACACCGACCACUCUGGUGUUCUGUCCGACCGAGAGAUUCGAACUCUUGCCACAAGGAUCCACGAGCUGCCCCUCAGCCUCCAGGACCUGACAGGUUUGGAGCAGAUGUUGAUAAACUGCUCCAAGACACUCCCGACUAACCUGACUCAGCUCCACCUGGUGAACCCUACGCAGGAAGCUUACUAUGACCCGAGCAUGCCUCCUGUCACAAAGGGCCUCGUCCUCCACUGCAAGCCCAUCACAGAGCGCAUUCUCAAAGCCUUCAGAGACCAGAACAAAUACAAGUUUGAGAUCAUGGGUGAGGAGGAGAUCGCUUUCAAGAUGGUACGGACCAACGUGUCCCAUGUGGUCGGCCAGUUAGAUGACAUUAGAAAGAAUCCCAGGAAGUUCAUCUGUCUGAAUGAUAACAUCGACCACAGCCAUAAGGACGCUGCCACGGUGAAAGCUGUGCUGAGAGACUUCUACGAGUCCAUGUUCCCGCUACCGUCCCAGUUCGAACUACCCAGAGAAUACCGGAACAGGUUCCUGCAUAUGGAGGAGCUCCAGGAAUGGCGGGUGUAUCGAGACAAGCUGAAGUUCUGGACCCACUGCGUCCUCGUGACACUCGUCAUCUUCACUGUCAUGUCCUUCUUCGCAGAACAGCUCAUUCUGCUGAAGCGAAAGCUGUUCCCCAGACGGAGGGUAAACAGGGACAGCAACCCCGAGCGGGUGUGAAAGAGGAAGACUUCUUCUGACUGAACUUCUCCCUCCUCUCCUCUUUUAAGGGCGGGGAGGGGAGGGGAGGCGAUCCAAACCGGAGGACUGGACGGAAACAGAAUCUUAAGUCCUCAGUGCAUGUUUGCAUCUGCACGGAUCGAGGAGAGACUUGAGUACGAAGGCGAUGAAACAUUUUUCAGCGGAUGACGGAUGGGGCUGGCCGGUGAAGGGAAUAGCAGCCACGUCGAAGAAGACUGUAAAUCUUCUUUUCCUCCACUGGGGGCAUCCGAGACUUUCCGUACAAAGAACACUCAGCACUCCCUCCACCCUGCACCACUCUCCUCAUGUCUGGCCUUCACCACGUCCCUCGACUGAUGUGCUGUUAAAGUGUGAAACACCUGAUAGCAUCAGCCUCUCAGUGUGUCUGUGUGCAUCAAGCACGUUUUACCAGAAAAACACAAAGUAUCUCCACCUCUACUUUUCAAAGUAAAAAUCCUGAACAUUUGCUGAUACAAACUUCUUAAAUGUUUGUAAUUUCUUCUAUUUUUUCCCUGUUUUAUAUCAUUAUGAAUUCUUUGAGAAGACAUGUAAAGAUGUCACAUUUACUGCUGGGAAAUUGUGUUGGUUUUUUUUGUGUGUUUUUGUUUCGCAAUUUAUAUAAAAAAAAUCGUGAAAAACUAGUCAGGCAGAUCAACCAAUAAUGACAACAAUCAUUGCUUCUAGCCCUGUUUGUUUUGUAUCAUUAUGGCUUCAUUUUAUGGAGAUGAAGAAAACAUACAUAUAGGAUGAGAAGGAAUCAUUAAUCUUUAAAAACACGAAAACUUGAAGUGCCUUCGUAGUUCAUUCCUGCUUGUUUGAACGUUUUUGUUGGGUUUUUAAAUGUCUUUCUUCCUGUUGUUGGCCACAUCACACCUUUAUCUAGUGGUUUACAGUGAGAGUGAAUGAGAUACAGAAUAUUAUUAUCAUCAUUCUUAACGUGGUACGAUGUAUUUGUUGCUCCAUGUCAGUGAUACUACAGCGUUCACAGCCGCCUGUAUGUGUGUCCCCGUGGGACUCGACAGGCUCGCUGCUGUCUGAAAUUCAGACUCCCUCAGCAUGUUCUGUAACUUAUUUUUGAUUGUAUUAUUGUGACCGUGAGUCCAGUGACUGAUGCACCAGAUUUGAAUGCCAGAAUGUAAACAUAGCCUCAGAAAGUGCUCGUCAUCUUCUCCUCCGAUUGUCAGUUUUACAGCGUUCUUUAUUAUAACGACAAAAAUAAAAAAAUGGAAGUGGCUGCUAGAAGUUGUUAGCAUUUUGCUCCGAGUCAUAAGAUGUGUGAUGUCAGCAGGUUGGGCCGGCAAGAAGCUGAGCAAUGAAUUUUGCAAAAUGGGAUUUCCUCAGAUUGCAUCAGUUUCCGAGGUUUGUUUGACUGAAAUAAAUGUGAUUUGGUUCGGUCA